AUGGUCAGUGGGUACAUGCAGGGACUGCUGACCUUCAGAGAUGUGGCAAUAGAAUUCUCUCAGGAGGAGUGGGGAUGCCUGAAUCACAGUCAGAGGGAACUGUACAUGGAUGUGAUGUUUGAGACCUAUGGACACCUCCUUUUCUUGGGUCUUGUGUCAAAACCAGACCUGGUCAUUGUUUUGGAACAAGAGAAGGAGCUGUGGGGUGUGAAGAGAAAGGAGACAGUAGUCUUACACCCAGGUAGGUGGAAGUGA